AUGUGUGGUAUCUUUGCUGCAUUCAGACAUCCAGAUGUCGACGCCUUCAAGCCAACAGCACUUCAACUAGCCAAAAGAAUCAGACAUCGUGGUCCAGAUUGGUCAGGAAAUGUUGUCAAGAAUUCCACAAUCUUGGUUCAUGAACGUUUAUCAAUUGUUGGUUUAGAUUCAGGUGCUCAACCAAUCACUUCAAAAGAUAAAAGUUUAUCAUUAGCAGUCAAUGGUGAAAUCUAUAAUCAAAUACACCUAAGAGAAGAAUUCCAAGAUUAUCCAUUCAAGACAUUAUCAGAUUGUGAACCUAUUAUUCCAUUAUAUCAAAAAUAUGAUAUCGAUGCACCAAAAUACCUUGAUGGUAUGUUUGCAUUCGUGUUGUAUGAUGCUCCAAAGGAUCGUAUCAUUGCUGCAAGAGAUCCAAUCGGUAUCACCACUUUAUAUAUGGGUAAAUCUUCAAAAUCCCCAAAGACUGUUUUCUUUGCCAGUGAAUUGAAAUGUUUAACAGAUGAUUGUGAUGAAAUUGUUGCAUUCCCUCCAGGACACGUUUAUGAUUCUCAAACAGAUGAAUUGACCAGAUAUUUCCAACCAACUUGGUGGGAUGAAUCCAAGAUCCCAACAAAGAAUGUUGAUUAUAAAGAAGUUAGAGAAAGUUUAGAAUUGGCUGUUAGAAAAAGAUUAAUGGCCGAGGUCCCAUAUGGUGUUUUAUUAUCAGGUGGGUUAGACUCUUCAUUAAUUGCCUCUAUCGCGGCAAGAGAGACUCAAAAGGCUUCACAACAUGAUGAUGAUUCCAAAUUGGCUGGUGUUGAUGAUUCAGGUAAUUUACAUUCUCAUGGUUGGUCAAGAUUACAUUCAUUUGCCAUUGGUUUACCAGGUGCACCAGAUUUAAUCGCGGCUAAAAAAGUUGCCAAAUUCAUUGGUACAAUCCAUCAUGAACAUACAUUUACCUUGGAGGAAGGUUUAGAUUCUCUAAGAGAUGUUAUUUAUCAUUUAGAAACUUUCGAUGUCACCACGAUUAGAGCAUCAACACCAAUGUUUUUACUAUCAAGAAAGAUUAAGGCUCAAGGUGUCAAGAUGGUGUUGUCUGGUGAAGGUUCUGAUGAAAUCUUUGGAGGUUAUUUAUAUUUCGGUGCAGCACCUUCAGCUGAUGAAUUCCAUACCGAAUGUGUUAAAAGAGUUAAAAACUUGCAUUUGGCUGAUUGUUUGAGAGCUAACAAAUCCACAAUGGCUUGGGGUCUUGAAGCUCGUGUUCCAUUUUUGGAUAAGGAAUUUUUAGAAGUUUGUAUGAAUAUUAACCCAGAGGAUAAAGUUAUUAAACCAAGUGAAGGACGUAUUGAAAAAUACAUUUUAAGAAAAGCUUUUGAUACAUCAGAUGAUUCAAGUGCUAAACCAUAUUUACCAGAUGAAAUCUUGUGGAGACAAAAGGAACAAUUUUCAGAUGGUGUUGGUUAUUCAUGGAUUGAUGGAUUAAAAGAUAGAGCUGAACAAGUUGUUAGUGAUGAAGAAUUUAAAACUCCAAAACCUGAAUGGGGUGUUGAUAUUCCAACUACUAAAGAAGCAUAUUGGUAUAGAACAAUGUUUGAUGAAUUAUUCCCAUCAAAAGCUGCUGCAAACACUGUUAUGAGAUGGAUUCCAAAAGCUGAUUGGGGUUGUGCUGAAGAUCCUUCAGGUCGUUAUGCUAAAUUACAUGAACAACACGUUGAUGAUAAAUAG